UGUUCUUGUGGCUGCCCCAAUUUCUGUUUGUGAGUCAAACAAAGUUUUGGUCCCAGAGAAGGGAGAUGUUCCAUCUCAGACUAGUGUUGUUGGUAAUAAUGGAGGAAGAAGGAGUAAAAGGCUUAGAACGAGAUCUUCCAAGUUAGAUGGUCGGUUUCAGUUUGAUAAGAAAACGAAGCUUUUGGUAGGACACCCUUCUCCCAUCGCCAAUACUAGUGGAUGUUUAGAUCCCGAAGAGCGUUUUAACCGUUCCUUGAAAAAACUGAAAGCGAUAAGCUCUAUUUCUUUAGGCCCCGAUGUUUCUAUCACCAGCAAGGAUGUCCUUGAGUUAAUUGAGAGGAAAAAACCUUUGACGAACAAGGUUAUCUGAUAUAUAAUAAUAUUGUUACGGGUUAACUUGAGUAGUUAUCCGAUAAUCAUUUUAAUCGAUUGCUAUAUUGUAGGUCAUGGACGCCCUGUUAAAAUUCAGCAGGCACAUUCUCCAUACACACGAGGUGGAUUGCGGAAAACUUCGUGUUGAUGUGCUUGAUACCAAGUUUAUCUCUCAAUUGUGCCGCCUUUAUCCGAAGUUCACCAAAGCCCCUGUUCCUCAAGAUUUCCAGUUUCCUACAGCCUUGGUUGAUACUGUUUCUGGUGUUGGGGAGCUGGACCGUGCUGAGCUGUUUACUGAAGUUGACUACCUUUAUCUGCCAUUCAACUUUGACAAAAAACAUUGGGUUGCCUUAUGUGUUGAUCUUAAUUGCGCCAAGAUUACCGUUCUCGAUUCUAAUGUUCAUUUGCGUACGGAUGCUAGCAUCAAGGCGGAUAUCGAGCCUCUCUCCAAAAUGCUUCCUAUUCUCUUCAGACAGGCGGCAUCUAAUCCAAUAAUGAGCCAGCUCUUACCUAUUCCAUUUUCAGUUGAAAGAUCUCUUUGCAUCCCGCAGGUGACUUCACAUGUUGAUUCCGGCUUGAUGACUAUCUUUCUCAUCCAUGCGCAUUCUGCUGGUGGUAUGGAUGAUUGUGCUGAAUUUCUUCCCGAAUUCAUCGAAGCUGAAACCAAAAAACUUGUCUCUGCUAUCAUUCUCGCUGGUGUCCCGUAGUUCUCCCCUUGUUUUGUUUUAGUAUGUACUAUGUUCUUUUCAUAUAAUAUUUCCCAUGUUCUAUUCCAUAUUUGUUAGU